AUGGCUGCACCAAACAGUAAUGAAGAGUAUGAUGACUCCAAUUUUGAAUGGAGUUUUCUGGAACUGACAGAGAGAAUGCAACAGCUGUUGAAAGAAGACAGACAGAGCAUCUCAAAACCAAGCAUAGCCAAGAGACAUAUGAACUUUUCACGGACCGAGAGCGGUUUCCAACGGAGGGCCUCCAUGACAAGCGAGGGGACUGGCCCUAAUGUGCUGGAAGUUUUGCCAAAAGCAGUGGGAUCUAUCAGUAAACGGACAAAUAGUUUUAAAGAGGAAGUGGACCGGUGGUCCUACGACAUCUUUGCUCUGAGCUACAUCAGCAAUGGACAUCCCAUGCAGUCUUUGGCCCUCGACAUCUUUAGUUUCCACGGUCUGCUGCCUUUGUUCCAGAUAACGGACGAACAUUUCAUGAAGUUCAUCGUGCAGGUGGAGAAACAUUACCGAUUGAACCCAUACCAUAACGCUUGCCAUGCUGCCGAUGUGCUGCAGACAGUCAACUGUAUGAUUGUCAAGACAGGCUUCCUUAGCGUUCUGAAUCCGCUGGAACUGUUUUGCUUGUUUCUGACUGCAAUCGUCCAUGACAUUGAACACACGGGCACAAACAACAGUUUUCAUAAAAAUUCAGG